CUCGGUAUUAUUCUAAACAAAAUUUGAACUAUAGACUCUGUACCUUCCUAAAGAGCUGGUUAUCUUAAUGCCUGAAGUCUCAGGUGUCGAACCCCGGAUGCGUUCCUGGCUUCAUUUGUCAUCGCUGACGGACUCCGGACAACUUCGCGUUGCUUCUGUCUCCACGCCCAUCUAAUUGCAACCCCGAUGAUGGCCUCGAUAUAAUAUCGGGACUGACUUCCUGGGGCCUCGCAUUUAUCUUUUCUCGCCAUUCCCCGGUCGUAUCCCGAUACUACCAGCUGCGUGAGCUGGACUCUCCUUCCUUGAACAUACUCUCCUUCCCUCCGCGACUUAUAACAAUGUCUCUGCUCAUUCGCUUGCUGCAAGCGCUUGCGCUCCUACUCCUCGCUGGAGCGGUGACCGCUGAACAUACAUCAAACUGGGCUGUUCUGGUCUCAACAUCCCGAUUCUGGUUCAACUAUCGCCACCUCGCCAAUGUCCUCUCCCUAUAUCGAACCGUCAAGCGCCUCGGCAUUCCCGAUUCGCAAAUCAUCCUCAUGCUCCCCGAUGAUAUGGCGUGCAAUCCUCGCAAUGCCUUCCCUGGAACCGUCUACAGUAACGCGGAUCGCGCGGUGGAUCUCUAUGGCGACAACAUUGAGGUGGACUACAGGGGCUACGAGGUGACGGUGGAGAACUUCAUCCGACUUUUGACCGACCGGCUGGACGACGAUGUUCCGCGCAGCAAGCGUCUUGGGUCUGAUGCCGGUAGCAAUGUGCUGGUGUAUAUGACAGGCCAUGGAGGAGAUCAAUUCCUCAAAUUCCAAGAUGCCGAGGAGAUUGGCGCGUGGGAUUUGGCCGACGCAUUUGGACAGAUGUGGGAGAAGAAGCGGUACCACGAAUUGCUUUUCAUGAUCGAUACAUGCCAAGCCAACACUAUGUACACUCAUUUCUACUCGCCUAACAUCGUCGCCACAGGCUCCAGCGAACUCGACCAAUCUUCUUACUCCCAUCACGCGGACAAUGACGUCGGCGUCGCGGUCAUUGAUCGGUGGACCUAUUAUGUGCUAGAAUUCCUUGAGACACAAGUGACUAGUGCCAACUCCAAACUGACAUUGGGAGAUCUGUUCGAUUCAUACGACAUGUCCAAGAUCCACUCGCAACCCGGUGUUCGCUGGGAUCUUUUCCCUGGUGGUGAGCAAGAGGGCCGUCUGCGUACCGUGGUGGAUUUCUUCGGCAAUGUGCAGAAUGUCGAGAUCGAAAACGCCAAUGCCACCGAUCCAGGGUCUUUGAAGGAAGACUUGGCUGAGAUUACGCGACUUGUUGAAAAGUGGCGCAAGCGAGACGAGGAAUACUCUGCUAUUCUUAGCAAUUCGUCUUGGUCUCAAAGCGAGGGUGCACAAUCACAAACCGUGCAUUUACCUUCCAAGAAGCCCGUCGGCGCUACUAAGAUGGCCGAGGACGGCAGCUGGGGCAAGCGCUUGGUAGGCUUGUCCGUCAUCGGCGCAUGCACUGCCGUGUGGGUAGCUGGGUCGAUCUUGGGUCGAUCCGCCUAAGGCCAAAGUGUCAUGAUUCUACAUUUCCCUGUUGACUUUCUUUCCCAAGUCUUUCUUUCCCCUGUACAUACAAGCAUACUAUGGGUGCAAGGCGUUUAGGUGAAUCUUGCCCACCUUAUCAACUUCGGCUCUUUGAAUUCAAAGGAUAAUCGUCACAACUGCUUACUAGCGGCCUCCCGUUUCGUCGCAUCAUACACAGUUUGUCAAAGUAGCUCGCUUUAUUGCUCGGCUUUGCUCGCUAUAAGGGUAGUCCGAAUCUUGCAUUGCAACACCAAACUUGACAAUUGGCCAAUUAUUUCAGCUUAUGGCAGCGGCCGACUAUCUACUUACAUGUAUGAUUUCCACAAGACCUUCCAACUCGAUCGGCCUGCUGGAAUGUGCAACCCCAACCCUAUCUUGGAAAUUUCGAC